GCACUGGAGCGAGAAUAUACUUCCUAUCAGUUGUACAUCUCUCUGUUCCGCGCUGUGGGCUGUUCUCUCGCAAGUGCGCCCGGACUGCCCCGCAACAUAGGCUACUGCAUGAGUAAAUCUCUGCAGGUUGCUUGCUGAGGAUAAUUAUUAUACAGUGACUCCAAUACAUGGACUGACUCAGUUAUUUUGGAGACUUCGGAAACAUAAGAGAAUUGGAGCCGGACGAGACGUAUGAGGAUAAAAUAGAGACGUAUAUUUUUAUGCAUGGACAUUAUGUAUACUUUACCCGCGAAAUAAAUGAUGUUCUUAUUUUUUAGUGCUUUUCUCUUCAGUCCGUUGACAUAUUGGAAAAACACAUACAUUUCGAAGAAGUGACGGGGAUUCAGAAUGCGUACUCUGUUCUUAACAGUUCUACUCGGAGCGGUCGGAGCUCUAGCCAAUAAGGAGGCCUGUAGCUCAGGUAAGUUCACCACCACUGGGGAGUGCUGCAAGCAGUGCCAGCCCGGGGAGGGAGUCAUCAAGCCAUGUGGAGCAACACAGACUGUCUGUGCCCCAUGCCUCGACAGCGAGACGUUUGCGGAGAACUUAAGCCACACCGAGACGUGCCAGCCGUGCACCCGCUGCGUGGGCCUCCUCCGCAUGCAGACGCCCUGCACCGACUCCAACGAUGCCAUCUGUGUUUGCGACUACGGCUACUACCUCAACGAGCUGUCCAGCCAGUGUCAGAGCUGCACCAAGUGCCCUGAGGGCCAGGGCAUGCUGUACAGCUGUGAACACGACCGCGACACCGUGUGCGAGGAGUGCACCAGAGAUACGUACUCUGACCAAGAGAGUUCGCGGGAGCCCUGCCUGCCCUGCACCAUAUGCGACGAGGACGACGAGCUGGAGAUCCAGGCCUGCAACUCCAUCAGUGACACCGUUUGCCAAGAUCUGAACCCGCCGCUCUUCUCCUCCAUCUCGCCCCCUCCCUCUGGGGGCUCGUCCCUGCCCUCGUUCACUGACGAUGACGCCCUUUUCCCCUACGGCCCCACGGAGACCGCCACCACCACCACCACUACCAGUACAAUCAAGUUCAUAGGCGACGAGCUGAACAAGAACCUUAUCCCCAUCUACUGCUCCAUCUUGGCAGCCGUUGUGGUGGGCCUCGUAGCCUUCAUCAUCUUUAAGAGGUGGAACAGCUGUAAGCAGAACAAGCAGGGCGCCAACAACUGCACAGCAAAUCAGAACCAAACUCCUUCGCCGGAGGGGGAGAAGCUGCACAGCGACAGUGGCAUAUCGGUGGAUAGCCAAAGCCUACAGGAGCAGCAAGGCCAGGGGCAGACUCAGGCACAGACAGUGGUCACUGUGGAUGAGGAGCCUUGUCUGCUCCUUCCCCUCCACACGCGAGAGGAGGUUGAGAAACUCCUCUACAGGGGCGGAGAAGGGGAGGGCUACGACCACACGGAGGACAGAGAUUGGUGCAGCCUGGCAGGGCUGCUGGGAUACCAGGAAGAGCGCAUCGCCACAUUCCGGCAGCAGGAACAUCCAGUCCGUGCACUGCUCUCUGAUUGGGCCAGCCAGGAUUGCGCCAGCCUGGACACGCUCUGCACGGCGCUGUGCAAGAUCAACCGCGAAGACAUCGCACAGAGCCUCGUGCUCAGCCCCAACACCGUCAAACCCACUGCCACAUCUGCAGUGUGACCAUUUAACCAUUACCGCCAAUGCUACGAAAAUCUCACUGCAACAUCACAGCCAAACUCACCCCACCCCCCGCCACAGUCCAUCCAUUCUGUGACUAUUUAACAGACUACACCAACCAUCUGAACAAUUACACCAAUGCCAAACCAUUCAGAUCGGCAAACCAAAGUCUGAUCAUCCACACCUGAUGCCAAAACUACUGCUAUCGAUCCACCAAGACUCGGCCCCAGAUCUAAAUCGAACAUUUCUGCGAGACUUCGGCAGCCACUGCAUCCCUUACCGCCUUUAUGGUCCUUCCUAAGCGUGCCCGCAUCGUGUGAAACCUAUCGCUUCCAAUUCCACUUGUGAACCUAUGUCAAACUCUGUGGCUGGUGCACUUUCAAGAUACACAACCCCAUUAUGGUCAACUGUGGCCUUGUAACCAUACUACUGGAUGUUCCACUGUGUCUUCAGUGUGCCCAAAACAGUCAGGCACCAUUUUGCUCUGCUCUCUCACUAACCCGGAAGUAGCAAAAGGCUACAAGACUCUGGGGAUUGUGCUUCAUUUUCAUUUUCUGUGCUUCUCUUUUGACUGAACUAAUUAUUUUCAUACCUUCCUCACUUACAACACAGAACUUUGGCUUGUGGUGCCUUGAUGAACAUCACUUGGCAUUCAACACGUACAGUAAGGUACUACUAUUCUUUCAUUUCAUUUUUGUUGUUCUGUACUACCAAAGCCUAGCUUAUCAACCAUACCUAUACCUAUUAUAACAUCUGAACAUUAAAUUGUUUGUAAUUUAUUGGCAAAAUAUUCCAUUAUUUGUGACCAUUUGCUAGUCAAUCAAUGACUGUCGGUCACAGCUGAAUGGUGGUAAUUUUCACCAGAGAUCAAGGACUGGAAAGAUAUAACGAGCUAGACUACAAAAGGUUAGCACUAAAUCCAAACCAAUUCUUAUGUGAAAAAAGCUAAUGACAUAUCAACCUGCAUCGUUGCCUCUAUUAUUUUCAACACAUUGAUAUGGAGAAGCUCAAUUAUUUGAGCCGUUUCCUCCAUAAUAUUUUGUGAAAGGAAAUAUUAAGGAGAAAUAUCCCCUUUCAAACUUAAGUUAUCGUAUGCAUUAUUAUUAUUUCUUUAGACCUGACAUAGGAACAGUUCCCAGUAUCUAUAUAUCUACUGGAACAAAGUCAGAGUAGUGGACUGGCUGGCCUGUGCUGGCUAACAUGGUAGUCUGUGGACCAGGCAACCUGACUCCAGCUUCUAUCUGGCCAGGCCCAUCUGCAUAACACUGGGGCUCUCACACUAGGCCUAUACUCUGACCUAGAUAGAAAAGGACUAGGAAUUUAAAACUCACCCACACAUAUAUCUACACACACAAACAUCCAUGAAUGCACGCACACACACACACACACACACACACACACACACACACACACACACACACACACACACACACACAUACACACACACACACACACACACACACACACAUACACACACACACACACACACACACACACACACACACACACACACACACACACACACACACACACAAAUGUAUAUCUACACACACUUACAUGCACACGUACACAAACACACAGAUGCAUGCAUGCCAGUAUCCACACACAUGUAUGCAUACACAUACUGUAUAAGAGAACAAACAAACAAAAAAGCCUGUGCUGUGUCAAUCAAGUGUUGUGUCAAUGAUAAGGGACAACAGGACCAAGGUCAUUGGACAUGAACCUACACCCUUUCAGGGACCACAUGCAAGACACCUUAUUGGACAUGAUGGACGUAGGCCAACUUGCAGUCAAAAAUAUUGCAGUCAUUCACACCACAACUGUCUUUCAAAACAUCUUGCUUGGAAUCUGUAUAAAUCAUGUAAUCCUUUCCCGUGAGGUCAUCCACUGCUGUGUUAGCAAGAGGAAUAGCAUGUACACACUAGCGAGUCAUAUAACCGAUACACAUCGUAUUCAAAAUACACAUACAAGUACUGUACAUAAAAUAACUUACGACUGAACAACUAGCCAUUAUUUCAGGCUAAGAUAUACAAAUCCAGGGUUAUCUAUUUCUGUUUAGUUUCUCAGGGUCUUUUGUGUGGCUUUAGUGAUUAGCUGGAUGUUUGUCUAAUGUUGUUUCCUUUUCCUAAUCAACGCUCAGACAACCUGGAUUAGUUGUGUAUAGGUUGAGGAAGGUGAGGGAGGCCUUGUGGAGGGAUUCAACACUAGCUAGUGUUUCAGGAAAGGCCCUUUGUAGAACUUACUCAGGCAAUGAUAUCAGUGGCGUUCCAGGUUGUCUUUCUAUGCAGUCGCGCUGCUCGGAGGAUCAGAUCUCACAUUACCUGGAAAAGUGUUUAAAUGUCUAAAGUAGCAGGGACCAUAUUCAUAUGAUAUCUAGUAGGGGACUGCCAAAAAGACGACCCGGUGGCCAUUGUGACUGACAAUCCUUCAGACAAAAGAAUAGGGAUGGACGCAGAUCAGAGGAAAAACAGGGGUGUCUAGUUUCCCCAUUGUUCACGACAACAACCUUCGAAUGAAAGGCUAGUCCUUAGAGAUUGGAGACGAGCAAUACGGGAGGACUUCCAACCACUGAGAGUUGAAAAGAUGAAAAGAAGCACGCCAAUUAGACCUUUUGGUAACAGGUUACUUAAAGCUGACGGGUACAAUGCAUUAAGAUGUGGUUAUAAUGCAUUGUAAAAAUUGUUAUAGGCAUUUAUGACCCAUUUAUAAUGUCUUAUUGUCAUGCCAUGGUACCUACAUAUUAUAAGCCUCAUAAGCCUCAUUGUAUGCUUAUAACAAGUAAUAAAGCACUAUACGUGUUAGCUCAAAGUAACAAUGUUAGCACAUCGGUGCAUUCAUAAAGCCUUCGUAAAUGCUUCAAAAUGUGUCGUAGGCAUGCAUAACCAUUACAGGCAGCUAUGAAUUAAGAACUGAGGGGGAUGUUCCCUUAUUUUUGUUGUGCUUUGUGGGGUCAUAUUUCUUAGCUUAUUUGAGGGUUAAAAUGCCAAUGCAUGCUUAUAACAAAUGUAAUUGCAGCAUAAUACAGCCUAAAGUGAAGCGUAUCCCCAUUUAUUCUCAUUGUCAACUUGAUUUUUUUUUUUUAGAUAUAUAUAUAUAUAUUUAAAAUUUCACACUGGGAAACAUUUUUUGGGGGGGACUGGGGUUGAAUGACAGGAGUUCGGAGGAAGUAACAGUGGUCGCUUGCUUUCUGUCCAUCAUUUAAUGCAAAGAGAUCUGUUAGGACUGUCUUGUUCAAUUCUGGCAUUACUGACAUAUAGGUAGGUUCAAAGAGAGCGAAGACAAUAUUCAUGCUUUUCUGGAUCUGAACCAGUCUAUGUCACAGAAUUGAUCCACGCCUGGUUUAGCUUGCUACUGCAAGAGUCUGGCCUGAGUCUAUAGGUACACGUGCCUAUUGUAAGUACUGUACAGAACGUUUCACCAAUAGUUUACUGAUCUUAGAUCAGUGGCUUAAUUAUGAACAAAGGUAUUCUCAAGGGUUUUCAUGUGUUACUAGCAGUAAUAAACGGUAUUAUAGGUUAGAUUGUAGAGCACCGUAUGUAUUCGACAUCACAAGUGACCUGGGAAAUGUUUCAGGUCCCUGAUGAUGAUGUUGUGUUUGUUUUGUAUGUAUUUUAUUUGAUUUUGAGAAGUGUUCAUUUGAAGUUUGUGUUUUUGAGCCCUCAAGGCUUAUUGUAAAAUAUCAUGGUCCGACAGGACUUCUGACUCAGAUGCAGUCUCUAGAGUCUAUUGACAGUGACUCAAUCCCACUUUACCUCAAUGACCUGACUCUAAAGAAAUAGAAUAUUUGGCCAAAAUGGUUUCACUGUAUGCCUUAGCCACAGUCAGUAGGACACAAAUUAAGCAUAGUCCUGAACUAAAAAGCUAUUUCAAAGAAGAUCCUCUGUUGAUGGUUUUUAGUCCAGGACUAUAAUACAUUUUUUGUCUAGGAAACCAACCCCAGAUGUCUGGAUCAACGGUAUUGCAUGGUAAACACUGCUGGGACUAAAUGUGGUAUAUCCCUGUAUAGUGUAUGUGUGUGUGUAUGUGUGUGUGUGUAUAUAUAUAUAUAUAUAUAUAUAUAUAUAUAUAUAUAUAUAUAUAUAUAUAUAUACAUACAUACUGAGGGAACAGAACAUUAGGAACACCCUCCUAAUAUUGAGUUACACCACCUUUUGCCCUCAGAACAGCCACAAUUCAUGAGGGUAUGGAUCCUACAAGGUGUCGAAAGCGUUCCACAGGGAUGCUGGCCAAUGUUGACUCUCAAUGAUUCCCACAGUUGUCAAGUUGGCUGGAUGUCCUUUGGGUGGUGGACCAUUCUUGAUACACACGGGAAACUGUUGAACAUAAAAAAAACAGCAGCGUUGCAGUUCUUGACACAAACUGGUACCCCUGGCACCUACUACCAUACCCCGUUCAAAGACACUUCAAUCUUUUGUCUUGCCCAUUCACCCUCUGAAUGGCACACAUACACAAUCCAUGUCUCAGUUGUCUCAAGGCUUAAAAAUCAUUCUUUAACCUGUUUCCUCCCCUUCAUCUACACCGAUUGAAGUGGAUAUAACAAGUGACAUCAAUAAGGGAUCAUAGCUUUCACCUGGAUUCACCUGGUCAGUCUAUGUCAUGGAAAGAGCAGGUAUUUUUUAUGUUUUGUAUUCUCAGUGUAUGUACUGAAUGUGUACAAUGUGUUCAAUUCAAUACUGAGCCAUACUGACUGACGGGUGGCGUGGAUUGGUACAGCUCGGCUCAGUCCCACAUGUUAUCACUUAUUUGGCUAAAUUAUUAUCCAUAGUUGCCUCUUUUGAUACAGCAGCAGUCUUUAAAUGGACUGUUACCUUGAAUGCAACACUACGAUGUAAAAGCUAUUCAACUCCAAUUAAACUCUGUCUAUGACAUUUCCUGACAUAUUUUUACUCUCACUCUCUCUCACUGCAGUGGUUCUCAGGAGACGGGCCAGUUUGUGUGGGGAGAGCAUAUGUCAGACAAGGUUGAGUCAGGCGUCUAAUGUUUUGUACACCCAGUGUAUAGCCAUGACUGUAACAACAAAGUUGGUUUCCCCUACAGACACUGACGAGGAAUGUGCUAAUAUGAUAUGAAAACUGAACUGAGGACAGAAUUGUUUCCCCCCAAACGGUAUUCACUUAAUUUCUUUAUAUUUAUUAGAGGACAGUUGCAGACCAUACGUUUUGUAUAGUUGUGAAGCAGCACACCUAGUAAGUACAAUAAAAUACCAAUGAAGGCUUAUAUUCAACUUAACCUCGCACUUGGCCGCAUACUGUUUGGUCAGAGGAAGAGGUGGGAGUUUGACAGUGAAGGGAUUGUUGAAAAUAUAUGAAAAUAAAUUGAUGGAGAUGUGUCACCAAGCCCUGAUGAUGUGGUCCAUAGUGAAACAAGAUGGAUUCUUAAUGCGCCAAGAUGUACAGAAGUGAGAAAUACUGAAUGUUCCUUGUAUUUACUAAUAUGUACACUGUAUUAUACAAAUGUGAAUUUGCUAUAUAAACAGUACAAUCCACAAAAUAAUAAAGUCCUUCAAUCAACAUAA